AUGAUAAGGACGUUUGUUUUUCUGUUGUUUACCGUAGUUGUUUCUUUUGCGAAUGUUAAGUUUAAAGAGUUGGGUCCAGCGUUGCCGGAGGAAGGGCUGAGAACGGUAGGUUUGGGGUACGGUAGGGUGCUGUGGGUUAGGGUAGGGCAGGGUCUGAAACGCUAGUCUAAGGUAAGUUAGGGUAGUAUAGGGCAUGGUACGGCAUGGUAGGAUAUGGUUGGGUAGGGUAGCGUAGGGCAUGGUAGGGCAGGGCUGGGCAGGGUAAAAUAAGGUAGGGUAGAGUAAGAUAGGGUAGGGUGGAGUAAGCCUUAUACUUUAGUGUCAUUUUCAGGACACAUUGAUCAAAUACUGGGGAUAUUCAGCUGAAAAACAUUACGUUACCACUGAAGAUGGCUACAUUAUUGAGAUCCACCGGAUUCCAAGAGGAAAAGGUAAAACUUUUUUUAGAUAAAAUGAUAAAACCUUUUAUUUAGAGCUAUAAAAGUAACUAAUUCUUCUUUAAAAUUUCAACAACAAUAAUAUUUUAGAUAAAAAAACAUCAAAUCACGGUCAAAAGCCAGUGGUUUUAUGUAUGCACGGUCUUCUAGAAUCCAGUGCAUCGUAUGUUUUCAAUCUUCCUAGUCAAUCGCCAGGUAAGAUUCUUUACCGUACUCUAACCUGCCCUGCCCUACCCUACCCUACCCUACCCUACCCUACCCUGCCCUACCCUACCCUACCCUACCCUACCCUACCCUACCCUACCCUACCCUACCCUACCCUACCCUACCCUACCCUACCCUACCCUACCCUACCCUACCCUACCCUACCCUACCCUACCCUACCCCUACCCUACCCUACCCUACCCUACCCUACCCUACCCUACCCUACCCUACCCUACCCUACCCUACCCUACCCUACCCUACCCUACCCUACCCUACCCUACCCUACCCUACCCUACCCUACCCUACCCUACUCUACUCUACCCUACCCUACUCUACUCUACCCUAGCCUACUCUACCCUACCCUACCCUACCUUUCCCUACUUUAUCCUGCCCUACUUUACCCAACUUUACCUUUUUCUGCCUUGCCUUCCCUUACUCUUAUUGUCACACCUAUGCCUACAUGAUCAACCCUUUUUUAGCCUAUGUCUUUGCCGAUCACGGCUUCGACGUCUGGCUUGGCAAUGUUCGUGGCAACACUUAUGGUCGGAAUCACACCAUUUUGAGUACAAAAGACGAGAAAUUCUGGAAGUUCAGGUGGGUCACGUUGUUUCUUAUCACUUCAUCAACACGCUGCAAGGUUUAAUGGUCGUAAAAUUUUAUUUAUUUGGUCAGAAGUUUAAAAAAUUUGUUGUAAAGAAAGUCCUUGCAAGUUCUUGUCGUUUUAUGUUUUGUAAAGAAAGUUCUUGCCAUUUUUUUGUUUUUUAAAGAAAGUUCUUGCCAUUUUUGGCUUUGUAAAAAACGUUUUUGCCAUUAAAGCUAUUUUUAAAUUCAGUUGGCCAGACCAUGCCCACAAGGAUUUACCAGCCAUUUUGGACAAGAUAUACGACGUGACAGGCCAAAAACGAGUAUAUUAUGUUGGUCAUAGUCAAGGCAAUCUGAUUUUGUUUGCUCAAUUGGCUGAGAAUCCGGAAUUUUCAAAUCGAAUUAUACGACACUUUGCAUUGGCACCAGUUUACACUGUAAAACAUAUUAAAGGAUUACUGUGGUUUUUGGCUAAGGUCGUGUAUCCUAAUCAGCAGGUAAGUGAAUAUGAAAAUAUCAAACUUGGUUCUUAAGGAAGGCUAUAAUAAGAGUUUAUGUUAUUAAAGCCUGUGUUACGGUAGGUUGGCUUACGAUAGGUUUGAGUUACAGUAGCUUUGGGAUACAGUAGGUUUGGGUUAAGGAAGGUUUGGGUUACGGUAGGUUUGGGUUACGGUAAUUUUGAGUUAUGGUAUGUUUAGUUUACUGUAGAUCUGGUUUAAGAUAAAUUUGGAUUACGGUAGGGGUGGAUUACGGCAGGUUUAGGAUACUGUAGUUCACGGUACGUUUGAGUCACGGGUGGCGGUAGCUUUGGGUUUCGGUAGGUUGAGGUUACGAUAGGAAUCUUAAGCCUACUAUGCCUAACUUUACUAAGCCUAAGCCUACUUAUCUUAAACCUACGGAGCCUAGAACUGCUAAGCCUAAGCCUACUAAACCACAGCGUGCUAAGCCUAAGCCUACUAAGCCUAAGCCUACUAAGGCUAAGCUAACUAAAUAAGUCUACUAAGACUAAGCUUAUUACUUUUAAGCGUGACUAUUCUUCCCUCUAAUCUAAAGAUUAAAUUUAACUUUUGGUUAAUUCUAAAAUAAGCCUAAGAAGCCAAAUUACAUUUCAGAAAGCGGAAGAAGUGUUAGGAAACCACGAAUUCAUGGGUAAUCACCUUAUCAUCAAGGCCUUUGCUCGGAUGAUUUGUGACUCAUACAAAGGUCAGCACGAGAUCUGCAACAACAUCAUAGCCCUCAUCGAUGGUCCAAACUCAAACCAACUCAAUGUCUCUCGUCUCUCCGUUUACACUAGUCACUCACCAGCUGGCACUUCAACCCAGAAUCUGCUACACUGGCUACAGAACGUGUACACCGGCAUCAUGGAGAAGUACGACUAUAGGAAUGACAAACUUAAUGUGAAGGCCUAUGGCCACAUUACCCCGCCCAAAUAUGACAUUUCUAAAAUUAGGGGGCUGAAGUUGCAUAUCUAUUCGAGUGAAGAGGAUUGGCUAGCUGAUCCGGAUGAUAUGCUCAACUUGAUGUACUCUAUGCCGGAGGGGGUGGUUCAGGUGAGGUUUUGAGGAUUGGAAAGAAAGUUUUUGCUAUUUUUGCUUUGUAAAGAAAGUUAUUGCCAUUUUUGCUUUGUAAAGAAAGUUCUUGCCAUUUUUAGUUUUGUAAAGAAAGGUUCUGCCAUUAUAUGUUCUGUAAAGAAAGUCCUGGCCAUUUUUGAUUAAUUCGCACUGUGCAAUGAAUAAAUAACCCUGCACCGUGCAACCGACCAUAUGCACCGUGCAAUAAAUUUUUGCUGUUGACUUUUUGUAUUUUUACUUAAAUUAGGUAACAAAUUCUAUUACAACUUGUAGUAAAGACUGUAAAAAAAUUAUUGUAACUUGUUUUACUGUGAUAGCUUUAAAAAUAAUGACACAAUAAAUUUUUUUAAAAUAACUGCACCGUGCAGUUUAAGAAACUAAGCUAUUGGCUUUGUAAAGAAAGUUCUUGCCAUUUCUUGUUUUGUAAAGAAAGUUCUUGCCAUUUCUUGUUUUGUAAAGAAAGUUCUUGCCAUUUCUUGUUUUGUAAAGAAAGUUCUUGCCGAUUAUUACCUUUUUUUCAAAUUUAUUACUUAAAAUCAUAAAAAAAUUUUAAAUUUUAAAAUUUUCAGACCGAAAAAAUCUUCCCUGACUGGUCGCACUUGGACUUCCUAUGGGGUACUAAUGUCACCGAGUACAUUACUUUACCUAUAAUUCAAACGAUUCAAAAAUACGAUGGUAUCCGACUACGGUAA